AUGUCUAGGGUUAAGAGGAUCAACAAGGAGUUGGAAGAAUGCCGUCAGGACACGCAUUCGGGCAUAUCUCUUCUGUUGAACAAUGAAUCCGACCUCACCCACUUGACGGGAUACUUCAAAGGUCCCCCUGGAACUCCAUAUGAAGGCGGUGUAUUUCUGGUGGACAUCAACAUUCCCAACGAAUAUCCAUUUAAACCUCCAGUCAUGAAGUUUCUCACCAAGGUAUACCACCCCAACAUAUCAUCGGUCACAGGCGCCAUCUGUCUUGAUAUUUUGAAAGAUGCCUGGACUCCAAUCUACACACUUAAAAGCUGCUUGAUUUCAUUACAAUCGCUUUUACAAUCGCCCGAACCCAACGAUCCUCAAGAUGCCGAAGUGGCAAAGCACUACUUGUCGAACUUGAAAGGUUUCAACGAUACGGCAGCCUACUGGACCAAAAUCUACGCUAGCGAAGGUGACGGAGCAAGUGGAGCUUCGCCAGCCAGCGAUGCUGCUCUCUACGGAAUUGACGACUCAAUUGUGACCCAGUUCGAGAACAUGGGUUUCCCUCGUGACAAGUCUAUCGAGGUAUUGAGGCGGAUGGGCAUCAAGAGCUUUCAAGGCGUGUCCAACAAGAGUGAGUUGGAGAACCGGGUGUUGGAGGAGAUCUUGAAGGAAUGCAGUUAG